CCUAUGAGUCAUUUUUUCGAAAUGAAAGAAGAAAAGAAAUAGUUUAAACAGAUUAUUUUUCGCUGCUUUACUCGAGGAUUCAUAAAAAAUGGGUACACUUGAUAAGUUGGGGAACUGGCCCUUUGCAUCUCUGAUGGCCACCAUUAUUGUCUUUGUGGGAGUGGGGGUGUUUUGUGGCACCCUGUACCGAGCAUUACAGAUCAUCAUUAUCAAUGUUAUGGAGGGAUUGUUCCAGUUUACAGUGACUUGGCUGUCUGUGGUUCAGAUUGUGUUCAUUGUGAUUGCCAUAGUGAUGGCACUGUUCUCCAUUGUCCUGUUGGUUUUCGGUUUCCUUGCAACAGGAGCAACCAGACAAAAUGUAUACUCGGGGAAGAGAUGCAUUAUGGGAGGACAAGUGUCUGCUGGUUUUUUUAUGAUGAUGUCAUUCCUGCUGAGUUUAGUCUGGCUGGUGAUCGUGGGUGUGGCCACCAUUCCUGUGUUUCUGUACAUCAUGCUGGGGUCCAUCUGUAACCAGCAAUAGGAAGUUUACCACAACAAUUAUCAAACUGUGGCUUACUGCUUCAGACUCAAACAUUAUGGUAUCUACAGGAAUUCCACAUACCCAUUUCUGGGUGUUGCUGCUCCAGGGAGGGAUGAAAUCUGUAACCCUGUUGAGCUAAGGGUCCUAUGUGAUAGGUUUGCUGAGGCAGGUCCUCUGUUCUGUGUAGCCCUAGCUGGGGCAGCGUGUAUCGUCAUUGGUAUGCUUUUAUUUAUGUCCACUCUAUCAGCUAACUACACCAGAAUCAAAAUCUCCAAGGAGCUGACGGAUUACCGCAAUGCUGUGGACAUGGAGGAGAUAGACCUACACAGCAACAUGAAGGGGAUAAUGGAUCAGUCGUAUGACAAAAGCAGCUACCGGUGA